AUGGAUCUGCGCGCCAUUCUUAAAGCCAUGUUUUUCCUGAUACUGAAUGGAGUGGGCAUCCCAGGAAAUUCCAUCAUUUUGGGUGUCUUCACUCACAUUGCAGUCACUGAGAGCAAACUCCUGCCAGCUGAUGUCCUUGUGGCCCACCUGUCCUUUGUCAAUCUGCUUCUGACGCUCACCCAAGGGAUCCCUCAAACCUUUUCAGCUUUUGCCUAUAAAGGCUUCUAUGACACUGCCACCUGUCAGUUCCUCGUCUUUACUUCAAGGGUCACUCGAGCUCUCUCCAUCUCUGUGACUUUCCUUCUCAGCAUUUACCAGUGCAUCACUAUUGCAGCUGCAUCUUCCCGUCUUUCCUGCCUCAAGCCAAAAUUGUCAGAGUGCCUCUGGCCUCUCCUCACCUUCUUCUGGCUUCUUGAUGGUUCAACAACAUACGCAAGCAUUCUGUAUGGCAGCCAGAUUCAGAAUGUUACUAUACAGCAGUUUGCAAUUAAUUUGGGCUACUGUCUUGUGCAGUUUCCCAGUAAAGCUGCAUACGUUUAUAAUGGCAUCAUGUAUCUCACACGGGACCUCCUCUUUGUAAUACUGAUGGCAGCAGCCAGCACCUAUAUUCUGGUAAUUCUGUACCAACACAGAAAAAGAGUCCAGGGUAUCCGCAGUCGUGACCGACUUCAUGGCACAUCAGCAGAAACUCGAGCAGCAAAAACCGUGGUCACCCUAGUCACACUCUAUGUGAUCUUCUUUGGGGUGGACAAUAUGAUCUGGGUGUACACAUUGACAGAUUCUCAGGUGCCUGCCCUGCUCAAUGAUGUUAGGGUUUUGUUUUCCUCAUUAUAUGCUACAGUGUGUCCAGUGGUUGUGAUCAUUUCUAAUCGGAAAGUCAAUCGAGAGCUUCAGUGCAUAAAACCAGAGAAGCAAGCAUCCACGAGUGAGGUCACAGUCAGUAGCAUAAGUUAA